UUUAUUAUUUAAUUAGUAUUAUUUUGCGACUUUGGCUACGUAUACAGGAUUCUGACGGUUAUUGCUUUAACGAACAACCCACGCUUUUCUUAACGGACUUAGUUUUCUUGCCUACUCGACCUUACCUCAGCUAUAACUACCGGAUUUCGAAGCAGAAUACAAUGAGUGAUCAACGACUUCAUUGUAUCAAUUGCGGCAUAGCUAGCUGGCGGCGUAAUCCUUCUAUAGGAUUACAUCAAAUAGAAGAGGAAAGCAUUCUUUCAGUCAUACAGCAAUGGGUUGCUCCUCAAGUAGUCAACAGAUCUCAUCACAUCUGCCAAGGAUGCAGGGAUUUAGCUAUGCGUCCCUCGGGUGCAGAUGAGCAACUUUCAAUUCCAACAACUGGACAUUGUCAAGUGUGUGUCAACUGUGGACGUUCAGUGUUGCGCGCAAGAUCUCAUUUAUUGCGCACUGACAUUGAACGAGAAAGAAGGAUUCAUACAGUGAUUUCUGAAUGGAUCUUGCCUCGUACUAUUUCAAGAGCUCGAGCUCUCAUUUGCCAUAGUUGCUGGGUGAGAGCUGAUAGAAAUGCUCAUCAUUAUCUUGCUAGACCAUCUGGAUCUUCAGGAUCAGUAAAUGUAACAAGUGGGCAUGGUGAACUGACUCCGCAGUGUCCUCCACCUCCGCGACCUACGUCACAGGCUUCACAAGCUACAUCACAGUUCACCCCCAGGGUUAGCGAUUCCAUAAUAUUACCUGACUAUGUAAGGGCAGUAGACACGGAAUCUCAAUGUUUUAUUGAAGGCUGCCGGAGACAAGAGAGGAAUCGAGUUCCUGUCACCAUUAGAAAAAUGUUGUUAGAUCAUUAUAAAUUCUACAUCCCAAAAAACAACAGAUUAUGCGACCACCAUUUGAAAAUUCAGUCAUGGGAUUUUCUUACUGGAAUUUUAGAAAAUUACAUUAAUGUGUUUACAGCGUUGCAUAUUCAAGACAUGCUAGAAUUAAAGAGUCACUCAAAUACCGGCUUGAACUUUAUUGACAUCCAAAAUAUGGAAGACCAUUUGGUGCACCAUUGGUUAGGCUUUACCAAAGAGCAAUAUCAAAGGAUUUUAAAUGAAGUUCCACAAUUACUGUUAAAGUCAUCAGGCCCUAUUGGGUUGACAGCGUACUUGAUGAAGUUGAGAACCAGUGAUUCAAAUGAAAGAAUAUCUGCGCUAUUCAACAUUCCAAAAAGGACACUUGAUGGAUAUGUAUCUGAAGCUCGACACUUGAUGUAUGAUUAUUUUGUACCUAGGCAUUUAGGGCUAAACCAUAUGAAUCGCCAGGAAAUUGUUGACAGAACCCUGUUAAUACCACAAGGUUUAUUUGGAAACCAUAAUGGGGUAAAUAAACCUGUUAUAAUAAUCGAUGGUACAUAUUGUUUUAUUGAAAAAAGUUCAAAUUAUUUGUACCAGAAAAGAACUUAUAGUUUACAUAAGUAUAAUAACUUAGUAAAACCCUUUAUGAUUGUUUGUGCAGAUGGUCAUAUUGUUGAUGUAAUGGGCCCCUAUCCUGCUACAACAUCAGAUGCAGAAAUCAUUAAUCAUGAGUUUCGUGAUCCUAAUUCAAUAUUACGUCAAUAUUUUCAAGCUGGUGAUGCAUUCGUUUUGGAUAGGGGUUUCAGAGAUGCCUUGCCUUUAUUACAUGAAUGUGGUUAUAGAACUUACGUCCCACCAACAUUACAGGAGGGUGAAUGGCAGCAUUCCACAUUAGAGGCCAACAAAUCAAGGGCAGUCACCAUAUACCAGAUGGGUUGUUGA